AUGAAUUAAUCUCAAAUAUAAACUAAUCACAAAUCAAUUAAAAAAGAUUCAGGGGAAAACAAUAAUAAAUUAUCAAGUGGUUCAAUAGUGGCAACAAAAUUUAGAUUAAUAGAUAAAGUUGGUUAAGGAAGUUUUGGAAUGAUUUAUAAGACAGAGAAUAUGGAGACUGGGGAGAUAUUUGCAACAAAAUUUGAGAAGAGAGAAGAAAAUUCAAAUGGAGCAGUUAGUUUGUUAGUAAGGGAAAUAAAAGUAUUAAUUGAAGUGCAAGAUUUUGAGGGUAUUUAAAAAUAAUUGAAUUAAUAGGAUUUCCUUAAAUUGUAUUUUAUGGAAGGGAUGAGUACUACAAUUAUUUUAUGUAAACAUAUUUGGGAUACAAUUUGGAAUAAUUAUUAAAGAGAUGCAAUUACAAAUUUAGUAUUUAGAGUGUUUUAAAGAUUGGAAUUAUAUUAAUAGAGAGAAUAAAAAUGUUACAUUCAAAAAAUUUAAUACAUAGAGAUUUAAAGCCUGAUAAUAUUUGUAUAGGUUAUGAUGAUAUCGAUUAGAUAUAUUUAAUCGAUUUUGGUUUAGCUAAAUAUUAUAGAAAUUCUUAAGGUGAUCAUAUACCUUAAAGUGAUAGAAGAGGAAUGAUUGGAACAGCUAGAUAUGCUAGUUUAACAGCACAUUUAGGUUAAUUAUGAUUUCUAAUUUAUAGGAAAGGAACAAUCACGAAAAGAUGAUAUUGAGAGUUUGGGAUAUGUUUUAGUCUAUUUAGCUAAAGGUCGUCUUCCAUGGAUGAAUUUAAAUACUUCUACAAAGUCAGAGAAGUAUUAAAAAAUUAAAGAAUUUAAACAAUAAAUUACUUUAGAAAAAUUAUGUGAAGGAUUGCCUAAAGUUUAACGUCAUAUUCAUCAUAUAAGUGUUUCUUGAAUCUUUUUAUCUAUGCACGUGGCCUAGAUUUUUAAGGAGAACCAGAGUAUUCGUUUCUAAAAGAUCAAUUUUAGAAAUAAUAUUAAAUUGAAGUAUAAUCCUCAUAGAACCAUGUUCCAUUAGAUUUCGAGUGGGAGCGUUUACCUGAACUUAAAAAAAGGAAAUAAAGAGUCAUAGCUAAUUUAUUGAAAUAAAAAUUAGGUACUUGAAUCUAAUUGUAUAAGAAAAAUAAACUGAAAUAAAGCCUGAAUUAGAUAUAAAGAAAAGUUAUGAUGAAAGACCAGAAUAAAGAGGAAGUUCAUUUUUAAAUGUACCUGUUUAAGAAAAUGAAUAAUAAUAACUUUCACCUGAAAAAAAUAAAUAAAGCAGAGUAAUGAUAAUAAGUUUAAUUAAAUUUAGAGAUGUAGUUAAAAUGUAUCUAGUAUGGGUACUAGUUAAAUUAACAAUUACAAUCAAUAAAGUUAGAAAGAGAAUUUUAGAAAAUUUGCUUAUGAAAAACGAGAGCAAUCUUAUUUCUCAAUUGAAAAAAAAGAAUAGAAUUAAAAGAAUUUCCUUAAAUAAACAUCAACAAAAGCUGAACGUUAAUAAGCAUUAUAGGAUAUAGAUAAUGAUUAUAGAGAUUUUGAUGAUCUAGAUUAAUUGGCAGAUGAGGAAACCAAUAUUGCCAUUUUUAAUAUUACUCCUCAUUUAUCAAGGAGAAAAUUUCAAUGAUC